CAUCCCACGGAGAGGAGUUGAUGCUGCUGUCGCCGCCGCCGCCGCCGCCGCCGCCGCCGAAGCCGGGGCUGAUGGAUGCCAGGGAGUGCCGCAUUGCUUAGCGUCCCCGCCUCCGGGUUUGCUGACGCUCUCUCCCCGCCCUGGAGCUCAGCGCUGAAGAGCCACCUUAUUAUUAAUCAGAAUUCCCAUCGUUAUCCCUGGCAGGCGCAUCCUUCAGUAGAGACCGCAGAAGCAUCACAGAGCUGGGGCUGAGAUGUGCGUGGGGGUUGUUUUUGUUACAUCUUGGAAGAGAAGAGGACAGUACCAAGAUCAGUGCCAAGCGCGCUGGGUGGGUUUAGGGGUGUUUUGUUAGGACUGAGGAAGGACAAGGAGUGUUGGGCCCACCAGAGGUCCACAUCUCUUUAAAAGAAAGGGAAGAAGGAACUAAAGUGACUCGUUGUUUUUAAGGGGUGGGAAAAGAAGUUUAUACCCCCCAGAAAAAAGCUGCGGGAAAGCAGGAGCAACAGGGUACUAGUCUGGACACCAAGACAAAUAAUAUCCUGUACAGAAGAGGAAGCAGGCUGCAGUGAGGUCCAGAGGCCAGAGCGUGGUGGUGGCAAAGGCCAGGUUUGUUGUGGGACAGUCAGCAAGAGGAAGGGAAGGUUCAGGAAUAAGCAGAACAAUGACUCAUUUGCAAGCUGGUCUCUCUCCUGAGACCCUGGAGAAAGCUCGCUUGGAGCUCAACGAGAACCCAGACACACUGCACCAGGACAUCCAGGAGGUGAGGGAUAUGGUCAUCACCAGGCCGGACAUUGGCUUUCUGCGCACAGAUGAUGCCUUCAUCUUACGCUUCUUGCGGGCCAGGAAGUUUCAUCACUUUGAGGCCUUCCGCCUCCUGGCCCAGUACUUUGAGUACCGGCAGCAGAACCUGGACAUGUUCAAAAGCUUCAAGGCCACUGACCCUGGCAUCAAGCAGGCACUGAAGGAUGGCUUCCCUGGGGGCCUGGCCAAUCUGGACCACUAUGGCAGGAAGAUUCUAGUCCUUUUUGCAGCCAACUGGGAUCAGAGCAGGUACACACUGGUGGAUAUUUUGCGUGCCAUCUUACUUUCUUUAGAAGCCAUGAUUGAAGAUCCUGAGCUUCAAGUGAAUGGAUUUGUUUUGAUCAUAGACUGGAGUAACUUCACCUUCAAGCAAGCCUCCAAACUUACACCAAGCAUGCUGCGAUUGGCUAUUGAAGGCCUUCAGGAUAGUUUCCCAGCACGAUUUGGAGGAAUUCAUUUUGUCAAUCAACCAUGGUAUAUCCAUGCCCUGUACACCGUGAUCCGGCCUUUCCUAAAGGAGAAGACUCGGAAAAGGAUAUUUCUGCAUGGUAACAACCUGAACAGUCUACAUCAACUAAUUCAUCCCGAGAUCCUGCCUUCUGAGUUUGGAGGAAUGCUGCCCCCUUAUGACAUGGGAACAUGGGCAAGAACACUGCUAGACCACGAGUAUGAUGAUGACAGUGAAUACAAUGUAGAUUCCUACACCAUGCCCAUGAAGGAGGUGGAAAAGGAACUCUCCCCCAAGUCCAUGAAGAGAUCCCAAUCGGUAGUGGAUCCUACAGUAUUAAAACGCAUGGAUAAAAAUGAGGAAGAAAACAUGCAACCUUUACUAUCUCUGGACUGAUAACUUCUCUGCACUCCCCAUGGAUUAGAAAUGGAAGGUACUUGUUUUCAGCAACAGGGACAGCACUGUGGAGGAAUGACCAGCUGGAAACUUAUUUAUUCAUGUUAAUGUAGCAUAAUAUAUAAUAAGGCACUGGGUUUCCCAUUUGCUUGAACCAUGGGUGCCCUGGUCUGGAGUUAAAGAAAAAAGUCAAUAAUUUAUUCUGUAAGUGCCAAGUUCUUUGUAAAUAUAAUCUAAUCUUCACAUCAAGUUUGUAAACUUUGGUAGUAACUGAAAUUGAAGAAGUUUGGCUCAUGAGUCCAUGCCAGUGAUAUGAACUAUAACAAAAAACAGAAAAGACACAUACACGAUGGAAGCUAAUUUAAUGUAGCCCUGUUUCCUAUGAAGCCAUAUUUUAGCUCUCAUAGUGAUUGUUUCAAUGUUUUUCUCUGAAAUUGUCAUAUUCCAAUGUACUUUUAAUGAACACAGGUAACUAGAUGAUUCUAGGAAAUUAGUAUGAUAAAUGUAUUUCCUGUCUAGUAAUUUUCAUUUCACAGAAAAUGUGUCCUAGUGACUAUCACUGGCCUUGAAUUUUGGAGACAAGGAAUGGCAAAAGAGCUGGUAAACUAAACACUUGAACUCUUCUAUGUUGUUUAAUUCCUGGAGUCUUGUGAAAUGAUAUGUUCCCCAAAUUAAGAUGUGGAAUUCUAAGAGAGUGGAUUUUUUUAAACUGCUGUCUUCAUAAUGUGUCUUUUAUUUGAGAUCCUAUUGUAUCCAUGUCUGAUGUACUUUAAGAAUAUUGUCCCCCCAAAACUCUUUGACCAAGAGAAAGAGAACUCAUACGUGAAUAGUGUUUUGACAACUAACUUUGGACAUAAAAGUUGCCAUGUACAGAUAAGGGGCUAAUUUCUAAUUCUUGUGCACUGGUUGGAAAUAUAUAUAUAUAUAUAUAUAUAUAUAUAUAUAUGUAUGUAUAUAUAUGUAUAUAUUCACAUGCACAUAUAUAUUUUUAUUGAGUUCUAAUAAAUCCUUGAUGUGACAGGCUUAUAAAAUAAAUCAUACAUACUCAAUGGUCUUAGAGAUGUUAUAAAUAAUUACAUGAGAUGCUAACUCUGGAAAACUACUUCCACUAAAGUUAAGGAAGAUGAGGUAUAGUAAAACAGACUUUCAGUGAACCUGUUUUAAGGGAAUUCUAAUUUAAUUUGUAAUGCAAUCUUGAAUCUGUGUCAUUUUAGUGAAAUAUAUUUUUCCUUCACAAAACAACAGGUCUCAACAUAAUGUAGGCAGUAUCAGGUGACCAAGAGUAAUAUAAUUUCUCACAAAUUCAAGGUAAUUAUCUUAAUGAUCCUAUAAGUACAGAUUUUCUUUUCUGAAAAGAUUGAAAGAACAUAUUGCAUCCAUAAGACAUAGUGAAAGCAUCUGAGGGCAUCUGAGAUAGCAUGUUAUAGUUUAAAUCUAGAUGUGGAAUCCUUAUGUUAGUUUUCAUUUCAUAAAAAUUCUGCAAUUAUAGCACAUUUUAAAAAUCUUACUUUAAAUUUCAAAUUCCAGUGUGAAAAAGCAAGAUUUUUACCACCUUUUCAGAGUGGUAAUUUUUGAGAUUGAAAAUUUACCACUAAAAUAUUCUUUUGAAAGAAAAAUAUCUCAAGGAACUCUCGGAAACCAACAGAAAUAAAGGCAUGUAGCAGCCUUUAUAUACUUUUUAGCCAAAAGCUUCAAAAAUUCCACUUACAAUUCUAUACCAAAACUCUUAAUAUCAAGAGCAGUACACCAAUCUGCAGUAUCACGAACGGACUACCAGUGUUUGUAAAAAUACAUAAAUAUACAUAAAUAAUAUGAUUGAAAUAUACCUUAAAAAUGCCAACCUCAAAUCAAGUCUGGAAGAAUAACUGUCAGGCCCUCUGCUCUACCCAUAAAUAUUAUAGACCUUGGCAUGAAUUGGGGAUAAAAAGCUACAGCAACUCUUACCUUUGUAAGAACCCUAACCACAGGAUUCUUAUAUUUUGGCCUACCUGACAUAUAUUUGAUAGUCUUGGACUUUAUAUACUAUAGAAGCAAGUGUUAGGCAAUAUGAUGCAUUAAGAUAAAACAGAAACAAUGUACAGAAGGAUGGUCAACUUUUCAUUCUCAUGUGUUUCUCUUGAUAUACACCGUUUAUUGCCAAUUUUUAGAAUUCUACCGGCUUCAGAUGUCAACCAGCAUAGCCAGCUUCUUUCCCUCUCAUAAGGCUAGUGUCAUAUAUAAAAAUAACCAGAGGGGCAUAUUGUAUGUGUAUACCUAUCUAAUUAUAAGUAUGAUUCCCACUAUCUCCCUUACCCAACAUUUGGAAACUUUGCAUCCUAUUGCUGUGCGUCUGCUCUUCUUCAAAUGAGCAAUUGAGAGUUGGCUGCAUUGUGUAAAAUAUUUUUAAAUGAAUGAACAAAUUACAACAAUGAUGCCUUUUGAAAUUGCUUUAUCUAGCUCAAUCUGUGAGCUCAAUCUAGCUCAAUUGUCCAGGAAUGUUUUUGGAGCUACUUAGUCAAAGGAUAUUUGGUCAAUUUUAUAAAUCUUCCUUUCACCAUCAGCUAACUAGCACCAUUUAGGGAUUUUUUUUCCCUAAUGUAAUUUCCUGUUAUGUAGCUAUGUCUAUUGUCACAUAACUUAGUAAACAAGCACUCCUAUAUGUCAAUUUAAUUGUGAUAGUGCUCUCUCUUUCGCUUUCUCUUUUGUGCAUACAUAUGCGUGCACGCACAUGGCUGUUUGCCCUAAUGAAUUUGCCUAUUUUGAGAUCUAUGCUUUCCUUUUGCAGCUGUCUUGUUACCGAAAACAUGUAGACAUCAAAGGAUUACCACAUUUGAUUUAGAACAGACCAGUAGUUCCUGCUUCUCUCACCCUGCCUGUUCUGCUCUUUCUUAUAUCCUUUUUAUCUUCCGUUGUUUCAGGGGCAGCUGCUUCCAAAGCUGGUUUAAAAAUAAAUAACUUUCCUUUUAUUGUCAGUGAUAUUUGCACACAUUUUUGCUUGAUAUCUUAAAAGGAAGAGAUUAUCGUGAAAAUACACUCUAAGAAAAUUGAAGAAGUGCCUCUUUAAGAAUGAGAUAAGCAGUGAUGCUAGAAUAUGGAUUCUAUUUGUAGUCUCUUCAGAAAAGUAAAUACAUGCAUCCAAAUCAUGAGUGAAAUAUGAGUAUCAUUUGAAGAAGGGUAGUUAAGGCCUUGCUUUGAAUAUUCCCGUACAGCAUUGUCUUUAUUGUGUCAGUUCAAUACCAUAACUUGAACACAUUUAUAAAUCUGGCAUUAUGCUAAAACAAUAUACAGGUGUUUGCAAGGAAGUUUUUGAAGUGGGCAUACAUGAUCUCUUUUAUUUCAAUAAUAGUUUGCGUAGUAUAGGCAGACAUUCCUUAAGUCUUUUCACAGAGAAAGCUUGUUUACUUGACAGGACUGAAAAUUCAUACAUUCAUAAGCAGGAAAGCCAAGCAGCUAGGUUCUCUUUAACAUUGUUAACUGGGUCACAUUGUUAAAUUAAACAUUUGAAGUUUCUGUAAUAUUCCUGAGGGAGCGGAGUUCCCUCUGAUGCAUCAAGAAAAUGAAGCACUGUUUUAGACCUCGGGGAACAUGUUUAUCACUCACAAAAAGAAACCCUUAGAGCCAUGGCAGUGUAUCUUCAGAAACCGACUUCCUUUUCUUCUCCAAACAACUUAAAGGUUUAUAGAUAUGUCUCUGGUCCUUUAGAGAAAUUCUAUCAAGAAAACCUGCUGUGAGGCUAUGUACUCUUCUGUUGUUUUAUCUAAAUGUCUAACUGGUCUGGUUAAUACCUCUUUUGGUUAUUUUGUGUGUAUUUAUUAAUGGUUACUUGAAAAGUUGCCAUCAGCCAUGAGGACUUUUUAGAAUGAUUAUCAACACACAAAAUAAAAAGAGCAGAGCUCUGGCAUAAUAUUUGAAUUUUCAGAUACAGUAUCCAUAUUUUUUACAUCACAAAGCUCGUAGGCCUAUAUUCCAUUUAAAUAUGCUAUAUAGAUAUAUGGCCUAAAAAUAGUGGUGCAUUUUAAAUUUAUGAGGCCAUUAGAUCAUGUAAGAAUCAGCAAGUUGUAUAAAAUAUACUGGCACAAAAGUAGAAGAUUGGCUAAAUAUUCAGGAUGUAAGAUUAUCUACAGCAGUGAAGAGGAUUUGUUUUCUUCUUUGUUUUAGUUGAAAAUAAACUGAUUUUUCAAUAUGCAGUUGGAACUAUUUAGCACUACUUACUAUUUGAAAGGUGACAAAUAAGUAAGAAUACAAAAGGAGGCUUGACUUUGAAACAUUAUUAUAUCAUGACCUUAAUGGCUUAGAGAACAUAAUUUUUCACAAAUUCAAGUUUUAAUUUGAUAAAUAUCCAUAGGUUAACCUCACACAUGGAGAUACUGUUAUGAAGUCUAUUCUGUGAUGAGUGUGGAAAUUUAUUCCUUUGGAUUGUGGAGAAAAAAUGUACAAGAGCAAUUCUGUGGAUUGAAAUAGCCAAAUUGUACUAUUUUUCAAAGAUGGAGGAUGCAAAUGAUACUGUUGAAAUUAAAACAAAAAAAUAAGCAUAGAUUAUGCACUUUUAUAGUAGAUAGUGGACAUUGUUAAAAUGAAGAAGGUUGUUUGGUCAGUAUUAGACUUAGUUUCAAGUUUCAAUACAAAUAUUUGUGUCCUUAAUGAUAUCAAUAUCAAUGCAUUUAUUCUGUCAAAAUAAUUUUUUUGGUGGAUGAGAGGGACCUAGAUGAAAUCAAAAUAAAUGUUAAUGGAACUUUUAAGAGUGAACCAAUCCUCAAUAAUUUUAAAAAAUUGCAAUGGGUGAAAGCUGGUUUACAUACAACAGAGAUUCAAAGCAUUGUUUUAUUUCUAAUCCAGUGUUCAGUUUUCAACUUAUUUAAAAGAUAAAUAAAAUUCCAAAACCAAGUAGUUUUUGUUUUCAAAACUGUUCAGAAAAAAAAAAAAAAAACAAGAUGUCUAAGAGGUAAUUAUACAAGUCCUUGAUAAGAAUACUAAGCACACUGUUUACUAUUUGAGGGAGCUAUUUAUUCCAAUACAAUAAUAUAACUGGCGUAAUAUAAUUUUUGAAUAAGUAUACAUUUCUGCUUUUAAGAAAGCAUUCAUUUUGCACAUGGGGAAUGCUGAAUUUGGUAGUAUUGGAUCUGUUGCACCUGUAAAAUGUAAAUUUCUACAAUGUGAUCUAAAAAUGAACAAUAACUUUAUUUUUUAAAGAAAUUUUAGUGAGCUAUUUAGGUUAGAAUAUCUGAGAUUUUUCUGACACUUCUAUGUUUGGAGCUUACAGGGGAAAAGGAAUUCAUUCAAUCAAAAUGUCAUUUUUAAUAUUGUAUGACUUUUAGACAAGAUUUCAAAGGAUAGUUUGAAUGAAGAAGUAAAUCAAUGUUUAAGUUGCAUAUAGCAAUGGGAAUGAUCAGUAAAUAACAAUUCACUCUUUGUGUGGAGUGGCAUUAAAAAAAUAAUAUAAAGUUAUGGCAUUAGACAUAAAUUCAAAAUUAUAAAAAAGCAUUGAUUUAAAUAAAUUCUAUUAAAAUACCCCAUUUCAAAAUGUUAAAUAAAAUAAAAUUAUUCAGCCUGAUUUGAAAAACAUGAUUAAGAAGAUACAUUUGUAUCUUCUGUGAGUUUCCCUCAUUUAACUUACCUGUAGAUGAAAAGUCAUCUAAUGAGGGAAAAGAGACAUUUACCUAGAACCCGUUUGGUAGACUUUAUGACUUUCUCUGGCUCGAAUGCAGAUGACUUCCCUGUAUACGGCUUUUGAGGUUAUCAAGAAUAAUUAUUGCCGCCUCUUUGUGAAACCAUGUCAGGAGGAGGCUAUGUUUCUAGUAGCUACUGAAGAAGUAUGUUGAGUGGGAAUAAACCCAGGGCAAUCAGAGCAUGUAUAAAAAACCAGAGAUAUGGAAUUCACUCCUCACUAAAAAGUGCAUUAAAGUGUAUUAAAGUGUACAUGCAGAAAAUGAUUUCAAAAUUCAAGGAUUUCUGAUAUCAAGAGUUAAAUACUUGGCCAAUAAAAAGAGUCCAUGAGGACAUGAUGGUCAGGGCUCUGAUGUGUAUUCUAUCCUCACACUGCAACAACAUCAGAAACCCUGUCUCUGAAUAUCACUUCUCUCGGAAAAUAAAAAUGACUAUGCUCUCUUCUUCCCCUUUUUUGUCUAACAGGAAUCAUAAAAAUUAUCAGACAGAAACCAUAAACACUUUGUUGCCUUUUAAGAAAAAAUGUGACAUUAUACACAUAUAAACAUAAUUCACUCACUUGCAUAGGAUUGAAUGCUUGCUUAUUGAUUUAUAAAUUUUUACCCAAAAUUUUUUCAAAAAUAUAUAAGAUUUUAGUGCUGGAAAAUUAUGAAUUUUUUUUGGAUCUGCCAUUCAUGGAGAAGACCAGUAAUAUCUUUCCUCUGAAUUCAUGUGUCUAAACAUUGCUCUGUGGAUGACUAAUGAACAUAACCCUUACAAAAAACCAAACUUGCCUUCUUUAACCCUGAACAUGCUUCUCCUUUAACCUUUCCAUCUCCCUAAGUGUCAACUCAACCUUCCGGGCUCCAGGGCUCAAAACUUUCCAAUCAUCCUCUUUCCUCUCUCUCUCUCUCUCUCAAAAACCACAUCCAAAAUCAGCCAACUCAUACUGUGGGAUCUCCUUCAAAAUGUAAUAUCCACACUCUGACCACUUCUCUAACCAUGACAUCAUUACCCUGUUCCAAGACUUCAACAUUUUCCACCUGGAAUAUUUUAAUAAUCCAAAAACUAAUCUCUUUGCUUCUGUCCUUGGCCGCUAGAGUGGAUUUAUAACACAUUAGCAAGAGUGAGCUCAGAUCAGGUCCCUCUUCUCAAAGCCUGCUGGAAUAAAAACCAAUGUCCUUAUAGUAGAGAAUGAGGAGGGUUGAUAGGAAGUCUGUAAGCGCCAGCAGAGCAGAAUAGCAUAUUUUCUGAUUGGGUUGGACUUUUCACCUGUAUGAUGCAAAAGUAAUUGUUAAAUACUUUAAUUUCUUGCUUCUAAAGUUCUACAUAAUAUACCCUCUCACCCCGACCUUGGCUUUUCUUAGAGAUUUCAUAAGAAUGUUUCUUCUACUCUUUAUUCUCUUGCCAAAUUGUCAUCCUUGCUGUGCCAAGAGUUUGCCAACCUUUCCUCCAGCUCAGAACCUUUGCAUUUUUGUUCCUUCUGCCUCUUUCCAUCUCCCAUAUCCACAUAGUUUAUUCCCUCAUUUCUUUCAUCUUUGCUAAAAUGUCACCUUCUUAGAGAGAACUCUUUAAAUUUUCCUAUUUAAAAUUACAAGGCCCUAUGGUUCUUCAUACUUCCCCUUUCUGCUCUAUUUCUUCCCCAUAGCUUUUGUCACCUUCUAAUAUGCCAUAUAGCUUAUAUAUUUUGUUUAUUUUACACUUUUUCCUAAUAGAAUAUGAACACACAAGCAGGGAUUUUGUCUGUCUUGUUUACUGUUGCAUUACUGGUGCCUUAAUAGUGCCUGGAAUUUAGUAGCAAAUCCAAAAAGAUUGCAUGAAGAUCUUCAUUUGUUUCAGCAUGCUGUGUUAUGUAGUAGCCAGUAGUAUGCACUUAAGGAGAGGUGGUUUUUUGUUUUUUGUUUUAAAUUUAUUUGACAGAGAGAGACACAGCGAGAGAGGGAACACAAGCA